AUGAAAAAUUUAGAUCAUAAGUAUAUUUGUGAUGAAAAUAAAAGUAAGACGAAUAUGAAAAAUAAAAACGUUAAAAAUAAUGAUAAGAGUGGUAAUAAUUAUGAAUAUAUUGCUGAAGAUCAGCAAGCUAGUAUAAUUAAUUGCAAAGGAAUCAAUAAUAGAGAUAUAAAUAAUAAAUAUAACAAUAAAUCAUUCUCUAAAUAUAAUCAUAAUAAUAUUAAAAACAUCAAAGAAAAUAAUGAUACACUUUUUGAAAAUAAGUCACACACAUAUUACACCACAAAAGGAAAAAAUAAUAAAUUUAACAUUCACAAAUCAGUUAGUUGUAUUAAUAAUAAUAUUCCUAAUAUAAUGUGUAAUAAAAAAAACGAACCUUUUGAAAAAAGAGAGGUUUUUAAAAAAAAUUAUGAAAAAACUAAUUUUUACAAGAACCCCUAUCAUUAUAAAACUAACCAACAAGCAUCUAAGAAUUGGAAAAAAAAUAGCGGCAAUGUAGAUGCAGGUGAAGAUGCAGGUGAAGAUGCAGGUGAAGAUGCAGGUGAAGAUUGUGAGAAGGGUAGCGGCAAUGUAGAUGCAUGUGAAGAUUGUGAGAAGGGCAGUGGAGGGGAUGCGGAUGCGCAGUGGGAUAAAUACGACGAAAUAAAUGAUCUUUAUUUUGAUAUUAACUCAGAAAUGAGUAAUAAUUAUAAAGAUAAGUUUUCUCCAAAUUUGAAUUUACAUACUACAAACGAAGAGGAGGAUGAUACAAAUAUUUAUGGUAAUAAAAAUAAUAUAUAUCAUGUAUCAUUAAAAUGGUUAGAAAAUGAUGAAGAAAAGGUUUUACUUUUAAAUCAUAUAAAACGACUAGAAUAUCAAAAUAGUAUAUUUUUAAAAAAUAUGUUAAAUAUGUAUUAUACAUGUAUAGAUUAUAUUAAAAUGCAAGAUGAAAAAAUAAAAAAAAAAGAUAAAAUAAUUCAUUUUAAAAAUCAACUUAUAAUGAAAUUAAAAAAAAAUAAAAUGAACUAUGAUGGUACUACAGAUAUUAGCAAUUUCGAUGACAACCCAAAUGGCCUUAUUUAG